AUGAAGCAGCUCUGUGCUUUCACUAUUUCAUUUUUGUUUCUGAAGUUUUCUCUCAUCUUGUGCUGUUUUACUGANCCAAGUUGCUUUUGGAGGAUAAAGAAUAGUGAAGAUAAUGAUGGAGAUAUGCAAAGGGAAUGUCAUUUUUACCUUGGGGCAGUUGAUAAACCAAUUGAAGAUAAUUUUUAUAAUUCACUUUUAAAAUUUAGAAUUGCAGCAAGUGAAUAUGAGUUUCUUCUGGUAAUGUUUUUUGCUACUGAUGAGAUCAACAAGAAUCCUUAUCUUUUACCCAACAUAACUUUGAUGUUCUCCAUCAUUGGUGGAAACUGUCAUGAUUUAUUGAGAGGUUUGGAUCAAGNAUAUACACAAAUAAAUGGACGUAUGAAUUUUGUUAAUUAUUUCUGUUAUUUAGAUGAUUCAUGUGCCNUAGGUCUUACAGGACCAUCAUGGAAAACAUCCUUAAAACUGGCAAUGCAUUCUUCGAUGCCACUGGUUUUCUUUGGAUCAUUUAAUCCUAAACUACGUGACCAUGACCGGCUGCACCAUGUCCAUCAAGUAGCCACCAAGGACACACAUUUGUCCCAUGGCAUGGUCUCCUUGAUGUUUCAUUUUAGAUGGACUUGGAUAGGACUGGUCAUCUCAGAUGAUGAUCAGGGUAUUCAGUUUCUCUCAGAUUUAAGAGAAGAAAGCCAAAGGCAUGGGAUCUGUUUAGCUUUUGUUAAUAUGAUCCCAGAAAACAUGCAGAUAUACAUGACAAGGGCUGCAAUAUAUGAUAAACAAAUUAUGACAUCUUUAGCAAAGGUUGUUAUCAUUUAUGGUGAAAUGAAUUCUACACUGGAAGUAAGCUUUAGAAGAUGGGAAGAUUUAGGUGCUCAGAGAAUCUGGAUCACAACCUCACAAUGGGAUGUCAUCACAAAUAAAAAAGAAUUCACCCUUAAUCUCUUCCAUGGGACUAUUAUUUUUGCACACCACAGAUUUGAGAUUCCUAAAUUUAAAAAAUUUAUGCAAACAAUGGACACUGCCAAAUAUCCAGUAAAUAUCUCUCAUGCUAUAUUGGAGUGGAAUUAUUUUAAUUGUUCAAUCUCUAAGAACAGCAGUAAAAUGGAUCAUGUGUCUUCCUUGAUGAAAACCAGGGUAUUUACGAACCCUGUUGGAGAACUGGUGAACAUGAAGCAUAGGGAAAAUCAGUGUACCGAGUAUGACAUUUUCCUCAUUUGGAAUUUUCCACAAGGCCUUGGAUUAAAAGUGAAAAUAGGAAGCUAUUUACCUUGUUUACCACAGAGACAACAACUUCAUAUAUCUGAUGAUUUGGAAUGGGCCAUGGGAGGAACAUCAGUUCCCUCCUCUGUGUGUAGUGUGGCAUGUACUGCAGGAUUCAGGAAAAUUCGUCAGAAAGAAACAGCAGACUGCUGCUUUGAUUGUGUUCAGUGCCCAGAAAAUGAGGUUUCCAAUGAAACAGCAGAUAUGGAACAGUGUGUGAAGUGUCCAGAUGAUAAGUAUGCCAANAUAGAGAAAACCCACUGCCUCUCAAGAGCUGUAUCAUUUCUGGCUUAUGAAGAUCCCUUGGGGAUGGCUCUAGGCUGCAUAGCACUGUCCUUCUCAGCCAUCACAAUUCUAGUACUAAUCACAUUUUUGAAGUACAAGGAUACUCCCAUUGUGAAGGCCAAUAACCGCAUUCUCAGCUACNUCCUGCUCAUCUCUCUAGUCUUCUGCUUUCUNUGCUCCCUGCUCUUCAUUGGACAUCCNAACCAGGUCNCCUGCAUCUUGCAGCAGACCACAUUUGGAGUAUUUUUCACUGUGUCUGUUUCUACAGUGUUGGCCAAAACAAUAACUGUGGUCAUGGCUUUCAAGCUCACUACUCCAGGAAGAAGAAUGAGAGGGAUGUUGGUAACAGGGGCACCUAAGUUGGUCAUUCCCAUUUGUACCCUAAUCCAANUUGUUCUCUGUGGAAUCUGGUUGGUAACAUCUCCUCCAUUUCUUGACAGAGAUAUACAAUCUGAGCAUGGGAAGAUUGUCAUUCUUUGCAAUAAAGGCUCUGUCAUUGCCUUCCAUGUUGUCCUGGGAUACUUGGGCUCCUUGGCUCUGGGGAGCUUCACUUUGGCUUUCUUGGCUAGGAACCUUCCUGACACAUUCAAUGAAGCCAAGUUCUUGACCUUCAGUAUGCUAGUGUUCUGCAGUGUCUGGGUCACCUUCCUCCCUGUCUCCCAUAGCACCAGGGACAAGGUCAUGGUUGCUGUGGAGAUCUUCUCCAUCUUGACAUCCAGUGUAGGGAUGCUCAGAUGCAUCUUUGCACCCAAGAUCUAUAUCAUUUUAUUAAGACCAGAUAGAAAUUCUGUCCAAAGGGUCAAGGAGGAUUCAUAUAUCUGA